ACCAGACAAACGUCUGUACACACCUACUCAUUCAAGGAUCUAGGAGACAAAUAACGAGGGGUAGAUGCCUAGAUGAUUUUAGUAGUUCCGUGAGUUAGCCAUGGUUGGUAUAUGGGCACAGUCACAGACAAGCUCUCACACCCAACACCGAUGAUGGAACUGUCGAGUCGAGUGUACGUUACUAAACGAGGACGGGGUGAUAGAACAAUGCUGCAUAGAAUGUGCUUUAGCUGAAAUUGCUGGCAUAUUUUGAAGACUCGUUUCGCUUUGAGAACCUUAAAACAUAGGCUCAAUGGAUCAGGGCUGCAUUAGCAUAGUCUCUGGUGCCCCUGCUGGCCCGAAGGUUCAAGUAUGCUUCCCUGGUGUGCGUGCAGCAGUUUUGGACAGCCUAAAUCGACAGCGGGAGGAAGGACGGCUCUGUGACCUCUCCAUCCAGGUGCAGGGACAGGUGUUCAGGGCCCACCGCUGUGUGCUGGCUGCCUCCUCGCCAUACUUUCACGAUCAGGUUAGUUAGGCACGGAGGAAAAGGCAGUGAUGGGGAGAUCUGGCUUUUGUACGUCACUGCCUUAUCCGUUUGUUGGACUAGCACAAUUCCCGCCCACAUUUUAAGCCUACACAAACUUGUGAGUUAUCUAUAUGAAGUUGGACCCGUUUCCCGAAAUCGAUCUGGUAUUUCCCAUCCGGACCCGAUAUACAUAAAUACUUUUCUACAAUAUAGAGACCCGUUCCAAAUGGACCUGAGGACAACUAGACCCAUUCCAUAUAGAACUGGACAGAUCCAAGUGAGGGAAGCAGCAGAAAAGUCCAUUUUUAAGGUGUUGCUGAAGAAUGUGACGACAGUGUCUCUGCCCUCUGUCAUGGACCCUGUGGCCUUUGAGAGUGUCCUGAGUUCAGCCUACACUGGCCAACUGAGCAUAGUGCGUGAUGACAUUGUCAACUACGUGACUGUAGCCAGCUUCCUCCAGAUGUGGCAUAUUGUUGACAAGUGUACAGAGAUCCUGAAGAGACCUCGACCCCCAGCAGAAUGCAACCCUGGGGAUGCUGCAGCUGCCACACACCAUGGUGCCUCCUCAAGGCAGCAGUCCCCAAGCAGCACUGACUGCCUAUACAUGGAGAGAGAGGGGAAAGGUAAGGAGAGGAGGCCCUAUGGCCAGGAGCAGAAUUCGCUGCCUCCAUUGGCCACGUGGAGGAGGCCCCAGCAGUUCCCCAGGUGGAGCCGCCCCAGGUCCUCACCCCAGCAAGUCAUAUCCAUGCCUGCCCAGCACCUAGCUGACUCACACCUGGACUACCACCCUGCUGGGGAGAGUGACUACUCCAGCUGUGAGGAGGUGUGGAUGUCCAGCCACAGCAAAGCCAGCCCCCUAAGUCAUCAUGAUGGGAGAGGACUGGACCAUAGCCACACCAGGCAUGGGGGGAUUCCUGGUGAGGCGUUGAGACUGAGAGCUAGACUGAGACAGAGGGCAGUGCCACCAAGUGCUGAGAAACUCCAUGGCAGGGAUAGAGGAAGUGGAGGGGGCUUUGGGGAAGAACCUCAGGAGAAGAGAGGGACUGAAAGAGGGAUUGAAGCAAAUGAAGAAAUGGGGGAAGAGGAGAAGAGGGAGGUGCCUGAGCGGAGAGGAAACUCUGGAGACUUCCACACUAGUGUACACCAAGUUGAAGAGGGAGGACAGCCAGAGGGGAAAAAGAGCUCAGGGGAACUGCAGAAGAAAGAGGAGAGACCGCUGGGGAGAAGCUUAGCCCUGACUUCUCCCCAUGUUGUGGAUCCAGAUGAUGUGAUUCCUGGCCCAUCCUGCCCAGCUCCUACACCCUCAUCCCGGAUGCAGUGGCAGGCCGGUCCCUGGUCUCAGCAAGUAGCUAGGCCGCAAGCUGGAGAGGAAUACUACAGAAGAGAAGACGAUGAAGAAGAUGAGGAGGAAGUGGACUUUGGCCGAUUUGCAGAUGGUGCUUUUGGAAGGGGCACCUAUGAUGAGAUUGAGGAUGGCACCGGGCAAGUUUCUCAGAGACCCUUAGUACCUGACUCUCCUGAUGACAAUGACUUUAUCCUGGGGGCCCAAGUGUUGAACUGGCCCUCUGGGGCAGACAUGACCCUUGGUGGUGGUACCCCAACCUCCAGCUGCCCCCUGUCCCCAUCCCCUGCUCCAUUCCCCCCUUCCUCCUCACCCCCCAUCCCCUCUUCCUCCUCCCUCUCCCUUGCUGGGGCCCCUUACACGGGCAAAGUGCACUUCUGCCACUGUGGGAAGGCCUACACCCUAAAGAGCAUGCGUGACCGCCACGUCAAGAUGCAGCACCUCAACCUGCGGCCCUUCGCCUGCCCUGUGUGCACCAAGAGCUUCAAGAUGAAGCACCACCUGACCAAGCACCUGAAGACCCAUGGUGGGCUGCGGCCUUAUGAGUGUGGCCUGUGUGGGAAGAAGGUCAUCUGGAGGGACAGUUUCCUGCGCCACCAGGCCCGCUGUGAGAGACUGGCCGCCAGCUGUGAUGGCGCUGCUGCCAGUAGUAACACCAGAGCGGCUGCCGACAUGGACGAUGGUUAUGCUUAUGGGUUCGGGGAGGGGUUUCUCUCACAAGGCGGGCAGGUGAAAGUGGAGCAGGCAGACUUUCAGGGGGAGGCAGAGUCUGGGAUGAGUGGGCUGUUAGGGGCUGGGGCUGAGUUAGGCUCUCAGUCAAGGACUCUGGUUAGUCACAACUUUAAGGAGGAAGCCAGCGACAGGUUUAGCUGAAGCGAAAUGAGGUAAACAGUUGGAAUAUAGGGCCCACAGCACUUGAAUUGAGUAAUAGAUUGGUUGAUUAUGCUCAUAAUGGUCCAUGUGUAAUCCAUUAACACUCUGAUCCAUGUUAAUGCACCUGUUUGUGAACAGUUAUUCUACGAGGGACAUUUGUUUAUUAUUUAUUUAAAUGACUAUCCCAUCAUGCUAUUGAUAUCGCAAAAGAGGGCACAAACAUGUGAUGUGAGUCUGUGUACAUUUUGUAUUUAAAUGAGCCAAUUUAUCUAAUGAGCUGUCUUGUGAAUGUAUUUGAGUCACAAUAAACUCAGUUUGCACAGAUA